AUGGAUUUGGACGACAAAGCGGAUGCUGAGAAUAUUGCAGCGGACCAAUCUGAUAGAAGAAAGAAUAUAGAAGACCAAAUCAAAGCACUCAAUGCCAAGUCUCUUGAUGAGAGCAAAUUGCAGGAAGUCCAGUUCAACUUAGAUAAAACAAAUAACACUAAAGAAAAGUUGAUAAAAAAGGUUAAUGAGUUGAUAGUCCAAGUUGAUCAACUCACUGAUGAGAAGAAGAAGGAUGAGAAGGAUUUGGAGAAAAUGGACAAGAUGAUCAAAGACUCGAAUGCUAAAGUUGACAAGGCACAGAAGCAACUUGACACUACAAAUGAUGACAAAGAUGGCAAUGAAGCGAUGAAACAGAAAUACCAAGACGAACUGAAGAGCGUUAGAACUGAACUUGAUCAAGAAAAGAAAGACCACUCCAAGACCCAAUUGAUUAAAGGAAAGUACGAGAAAGAUAUCGCUGAAAUUAUAGUCAGAGCUGAAACUCUUGAGAAGAAGUCCAAAUGGCUGAACAAGAGAAGGUUAAGACUAUGA